GACGGGAAAUAGCUGAAUAAAGAUAACAAGCUGGGGAGGCAUAGACCCGCGCGCACACAACUGAGAAGGGCUCUGAGCUGGAAGGGACAAGAUAGUUGCAAAAUAAAAUUUAAACAAGCAAGCGCCCCCUACCCCCACACAUGCACACAAAUCUGCCCUCCUAUGUCCAGAUUGGCAAUAUUUUAUUGAUUUCUUUGCAACCUAAGGACCCUCAUGCUAAAAGUGCAAAUUGUCACUAAAUGACUUUAAAAAAAAAAAAGAGGCUGAGGAAGCAACCUCCACGCCUGCCGAUCCCCCCUAUCCCCAGUAGGUGGCGCGCUCCGCCAACAAGGAACAAUCUCUGUCUUAUGGAUUUUUUUUUUUUUUGGAAGCCUUGCAUUGACUUGGGCCUAACGAUUCUCAGAUCGUCAUUAUUUGUAACCAUAGAGCAUGAAUUACCUCUUGAGGUCAUCAGUGAGAAUUUACGACUGGUCAACAAAAGCACGUGAUUCCCAAACGCCCCCCCACCCCCCAUAUUUGGCCGCAUACAUAGCAAAAACGAAGUACAGUGCAUUGCUAUAAUUCAUUAAUACAUCAUAAAUCGUCAAGCACAGGGUUAUAACGACCACGAGCCACAAAUCAAGCCCUCCAAAAUAACCCAAAUGAGCUCUUACUUUGUAAACUCGUUCUCAGGGCGCUAUCCAAAUGGCCCCGACUAUCAGUUGCUAAAUUAUGGGACCAGCAGUUCUAUGAACGGUUCUUACAGAGAUUCAAGCACCAUGCAUUCCAGCUCGUAUGGCUACAACUACAAUGGGAUGGACCUUAGCAUCAACCGCUCAGCCUCUUCUAGCCACUUUGGGGCUGUGGGGGAAAGCUCCCGCGGCUUCCCUUCACCAGCUCAGGAGAGCAGGUUUAGGCAAGCGUCUAGCUGCUCCUUGUCCUCUCCCGAGCCCCUUCCGUGCGCCAACAGCGAGAGCCAUGGAGGCAAAUCUGCCCCGUCCCCCUCCGACCAGGCUACUUCUGCUAGCGCUAACACAAAUUUCACAGAAAUAGACGAGACCAGCGCGUCCUCUGGACCCGAAGAGGGCACUCAAAUAAACAGCAGCAUUCCCAGGACACAGACAGAACCCAUCGCUACCUCCACAGCAGCAACAGAAGGGCAAACACCACAGAUAUUUCCUUGGAUGAGGAAGCUUCAUAUUAGCCAUGACAUGACUGGACCAGACGGUAAAAGGGCCAGGACCGCGUACACUCGUUACCAGACGCUGGAAUUGGAAAAGGAAUUUCACUUCAAUAGAUAUCUCACGCGCAGGAGGAGGAUAGAAAUCGCCCAUGCUCUGUGUCUCUCCGAGAGGCAAAUUAAAAUCUGGUUCCAAAACCGGAGAAUGAAGUGGAAGAAAGAUAAUAAACUGAAAAGCAUGAGUUUAGCCUCUGCGGGCAGCGCCUUCCAGCCAUAAAUUAUAGAGAAACGGGGUAUCAAAAAAAGGGGGGGGGGAUAAUAAAAGCAAAUUUAAAAAGCAGCAGCCUAUCUAAGUUUCAGAGUACUGUACAGUGAGGCACCUUUUUCGGCAUGUUGUUGCUGUUUGAAACAACUCGUAUGGUACUGUUAUCACAGGACUGAGUUCAUGUUGUGUUUUUAAAUUUUUUUUAAAUAUUUUUUUUUAAUUAAAGUUUAUUUCCAGAUGCUCCUCCAUGCUCUUGAUGUUCUUCUAAAUGUUUGUGCCAGUGCUAUCUUGAUGCUCUCUGGAAAGCUAGCAUGUUUUAUGUGAGCCCUUUGAAUGUUAUAACUUAUUUAUAAAAUGGAUAACAGAUACGGUUGUUUGUUUAUUUGUUGGGUUUUUUUCCUGAGUUUACAGCUUCUGGGGGGAGGUCUUCUCUGCCUGAGCUAAAAUCGGGGGUUCCUGCACUACAAUAGCAGAAAAAAAUAAAAAAACAAACAAAAAAUGUAAAAAAAAAUAUAGCUCUUGUAUCUUUUUGUCUUAAAAUUGUCAAGUCUGUGAUUUAGUUCAAACUCCAGGACAUGGUUUCUAGUCCCAGACUAAUUCUGAGACAUGUUCUUAGACGUGGGUAAACUUCACUAUUAAAAAAAAUGUAUAAAAUUGGACCAACAAUAAAGUGUUCCAAUGUUUGUAAAUACUAGAAAUAUUUCUGAUGUGACUAAUAGACGGUUUGUAGUGGGCAGAGUGAAUGCAGUGUUAUGUGUAAAAUGGCAUCUGUCAUGUCUAGCUGCCUGUUAGUAUUUUGCCAAGAAGCUUUUUGUAUUUGUUUGUAGCUUUACUGGAAGUCAAAUAAACGUCUCUGCUAUUCAUAAAGGCUCCUCUUUGCAUUCUGUCCACCAUAUUUCGAGCCCCUGAGCUACUAAUUCGCGAUAGAUGCUGAACACACGAGGUAUGGACUGGCAUGGGGCUCCGUCUGUGCUAUCACCCCUUCAGAAACGCUACAUAGUCCUCACUCCCCUACGGUAGCACUUUGGAAGCCCUCGGAAGCCCUUCACAUCAUGCUCUUGCUGAGGUGGAAAACAAAGGCACUCUAUCGAGAAAAAGCAACCUGUCGUAUUUUCCAAACUUUGUCUCUUUAAAAAAGCCAGGACAAAACAAAUCAUGAUAAGAAUAAUACACCUCUCCAAAAUCAUACAAGACAAGCUCUUUGGAAGUAAUUUCAGUUAUAAUAACAUGAUACAAAUGCUUCCCAAAUAUACUUUAUGUGCAUUUCAUGAACUGUCAUAGAUUACUGCUUAAAAAAAACACACGAGGCAUAUAGAGAUAUAUAGAUAUAUUUCUGUGCUGUCCAGUUUCUAAUUUCCUCUCCGCCCUCACCCCCACUUUAAUGGGUUUGCUGGUUCUUAUACCCUAGUCUUUGGUUUACCAUGUAAAUAACAGAUUACAGUUCUGUAACUACUGAGACUGGCUACAAAGAGUCAUUUUCGCUGCAGAUAAUUUAACAACUUCAAAAGUGGAAAAGGUUUCAAAUUUUGCUAUCCGGGGAUUCUUACAAGGCACGAGAUCUUUCAGCUAAAGUCUCUCUUUUGGCAAAAUGCCACUGACAUCUUUACAAUAUACUUUAGGUUUUUUUACUCGUAUCAAGUAAAGUUGGAUCUUAUAAACUUACCAAACUUAAUCUCCCACUGUUUAGGUACUUCUUAAGUGACUUUGAGAGGCAUGUGAGGUGGACUGUCAGAUCCAAAACCAUUUGCUCGCCUUCCCCUGAUAUUUUUUUUUUUACCAAUAGCAAACUAUACCAAAAGUGGGUAUGACAUUUAGAUGUCAAAUGGAUAGGGUUUUAUCUAGAAGUUAGAUCGUAAAAAUCGCCCAGACCUCAGACAGAUACCCCUCACUGGCUCUCAAAAGUCACGUGAGGUCCAUAAAGUUAGUUUUAUGGUUUUGGGGAGUUGACAAUGUACAAUAUAUUUCACAUUCUCUAGAAUGUUAAGUGACACUUUAACUGCUUGGUUUGGCUUGGAAGGGGCAGAAAUGGGUGAGCACUUUUCCAGAUGAGAUAAAGCUUUGCAAUUGCUGGUCUCAUGCUUUGCUGGUCCAGUGUUCAGUCCAGAGGACCAAUAGGCUGGGCUCCUGAAACAAAUCUCCGCAGACCGUCUGUUGGGAAAAAAGUACCCGGAGUCCUACCAGAAUCUUCAGGGGGAAUAAUAAUAAUAAUAGCAGUAAUAAAAAAGCCUGGAUCCUAAAGUCGAAACCUUUUUUUUU